GGUCUCACACUUCGCCGCCGGCUUACACUGCGUUUCUUUCCGCUGCUCCGUCGUCCCGUCCUCUGCCGAUCGCAAUGGAAGAAGAAAUCGCCGCCCUCGUCAUUGACAAUGGCUCCGGCAUGUGCAAAGCUGGCUUUGCUGGGGACGACGCCCCCAGGGCCGUGUUUCCUUCCAUCGUCGGGCGCCCCCGACACCAGGGUGUCAUGGUGGGCAUGGGCCAGAAAGACUCGUACGUGGGUGAUGAGGCCCAGAGCAAGAGGGGUAUUCUGACCCUGAAGUACCCUAUUGAGCACGGCAUUGUCACCAACUGGGACGACAUGGAGAAGAUCUGGCACCACACCUUCUACAACGAGCUGCGUGUGGCCCCUGAGGAGCACCCGGUGCUUCUGACCGAGGCCCCCCUGAACCCCAAAGCUAACAGAGAGAAGAUGACGCAGAUAAUGUUUGAAACCUUCAAUACCCCAGCCAUGUACGUGGCCAUUCAGGCGGUGCUCUCCUUGUAUGCAUCUGGGCGUACCACUGGCAUUGUCAUGGACUCUGGUGACGGGGUCACACACACAGUGCCCAUCUAUGAGGGCUACGCCCUUCCCCACGCCAUCUUGCGUCUGGACCUGGCUGGCCGGGACCUGACAGACUACCUCAUGAAGAUCCUGACUGAAAGGGGCUACAGCUUUACCACCACUGCUGAGAGGGAAAUUGUUCGUGACAUAAAGGAGAAGCUGUGCUAUGUUGCCCUGGAUUUUGAGCAAGAAAUGGCUACUGCUGCAUCAUCUUCCUCUUUGGAGAAGAGUUAUGAGCUGCCUGAUGGGCAGGUGAUCACCAUUGGCAAUGAGCGCUUCCGGUGUCCAGAGGCUCUCUUCCAGCCUUCCUUCCUGGGCAUGGAGUCCUGUGGCAUCCACGAGACCACCUUCAACUCCAUCAUGAAGUGUGAUGUGGACAUCCGCAAAGACCUGUAUGCCAACACAGUGCUGUCUGGUGGUACCACCAUGUAUCCAGGCAUUGCUGACAGGAUGCAGAAGGAGAUCACAGCCCUGGCUCCCAGCACAAUGAAGAUUAAGAUCAUUGCUCCUCCUGAACGCAAGUACUCAGUCUGGAUUGGCGGCUCCAUCCUGGCCUCACUGUCCACCUUCCAGCAGAUGUGGAUCAGCAAGCAGGAGUAUGACGAGUCAGGCCCCUCCAUUGUCCACCGCAAAUGCUUCUAGAUGGACUGAGCAGGUGCCAGGCAUCUGCUGCAUGAGCUGAUUCUGAAGUAUCGAUUUGCCCUGGCAAAUGUACACACCUCAUGCUAGCCUCAUGAAACUGGAAUAAGCCUUUGAAAAGAAAUUUGUCCUUGAAGCUUGUAUCUGAUAUCAGCACUGGAUCGUAGAACUUGUUGCUGAUUUUUGACCUUGUAUUCAAGUUAACUGUUCCCUUGGUAUAUGUUUAAUACCCUGUGCAUAUCUUGAUUUAGUCCUUAGUUCAUGUGGCUCGGUCACUUGGUGGCAGGGGAGAUCUGUGGAAAAGUCAGUCAGUCCCCAGGCUAGUGGAUCUCUGUGAGCACCAUGUAGUGAUCUGUGCAGGGUAUUAACCAACAGCAGACUUCCAGGAUUUCCCGAGGCUGGCAAGGGUUCCUGAACUAGUUACCACUUCUUUUCUUGCCAGUCUAACAGGGUGGGAAAGUCCGAGCCUUAGGACCCAGUUUCUGUUCUGGUUUUUUCCCUCCUGACCUCCAUGGGUUGUUACUUGCCUUGAGUUGGGAACGUUUGCAUCGACACCUGUAAAUGUAUUCAUCCUUUUAAUUUAUGUAAGGUUUUUGUACUCAAUUCUUUAAGAAAUGACAAAUUUUGGUUUUCUACUGUUCAGUGAGAACAUUAGGCCCCAGCAACACGUCAUUGUGUAAAGAGAAAUAAAAGUGCUGCAGUAAAAAAAAAAAAAAAAAAAAAAAA